GGUCCCCCGGUGUGGUUAGACCCGCUCGUGUGGAGCUUCCUUUGAGAAGUGGCUGCGGGGUUAGCAUGUUGCGUGAGGCGGCGCGGAGUCUGGUGGCAGCGGAGCUGCUGCUGGUUCUGCGGGGGGAAGACGAAAGCUGCGCCGAUGUUAUCCUCUGCUUGUGCAGCCGGGCCUUCGUAGAGGACCGAGCACUGUACAAACUAGGCCUAAAGGGAUAUUAUUUCAAAGAUGUCAAUUUAGGGGACGUUCAGAUUACUGAGGAUGAUGAAAAUGAGGAGAAAUAUCACACCUUUAGGAAUGCUGACAUAUCUACGAGUCAUGUUUCUGAAAUGGAAGAUACUGAACUCGAUUCAGAGACUGAGCUCAUGAAGAGUAUGGGCUUACCUGUACAAUUUGGUACUGUGACAUCCCAUAAAGCAGUGGUGUCUUCUGAGCAUAUUGGCAAGAAAGGUAACAAAGUGGUGAAGAAAAAGAAAAAGAAAAGGAUGCCACAAAAAGAUAUUCUUGAAAUAAUGCAAGAGACUUUGGAAGAGGAUCUUGAUGAUAAUUCUCUUUCUGAUGAUCCAUCUUUAACUCAAAAGGAGGUUAAGACUGAUGAAAGCUGUGAAAAUGCUGACAUUCUGCUUGAUGACUUUCAGAGGAAAGAAAAAUGGGAAAAAUACUGGCAUGACUAUGGGGAAGGACUUCUCUGGCAAGGUUGGCAAGAGAAACACAAUCUAAAUUUGGAGGUCUUAUCGAUCGCUGAGCCUUGGAAUAAUCCUGAAGUGAAGGAAGAAUGGGAGCAGCACUAUAGUGAACUUUACUGGUAUUACUGGGAGCAGUUUCAUUAUUGGGCAAGUCAAGGUUGGACUGUUGACACAGCACCUAACAGUCACAUGGAAACAAAGGCAAGAAAAAUGGAAACAAAGCAUCCAGAAAAAACACAGAUGAGUAUUGCUGAGCAGUGUGGAGAAGUGCUGGAUUCAAACUUAGAUUCUCUUCUCCCUUCCAGUACUGCCUGUGAUGAAAAUCCUGCCCCAGAUGAUCUCUGUAAUAACAAUAUUCUUACUGAAAUCAGUAAAAUAAAUCUGAACUCAAAAGGAGCAGAGCAGAGCACAUUAGAAAAUGUGGUUUAUAAAAAUGGUCAUCAAAGAUCAAGUAUAACAACAACUGAAAGAUGCUGUCCUGGUAAUUCUGGUCAGAUGGAGGACUCUGAUAAAGGAACAAGGGAAAGAAGCAUGCCUUCUGAAAAUGGGCUUUCAAACCAGCCAGCUUCACAUGGGUCAUCUAGAGCAUACUUGGAUGCUACAGGAGGUGGAGGGUCACACAAUGACAGUGAUGAUGAUGAUGAUGAUGAUGAGCAGCCACCUGAACAUAAACAUACCAAGUUAAAAAGGAGUCAUGAACUCGAUGCUGAAGAAUACCCUCAGACUGAUCCAGAAGAAAUUUGUUGUCUUCUGGGACUCAAGCAUGGCACAGGACAAAAAUAUGGAGGGAUCUCUGGCUUCAGUGAACGAAAAGUGACUCAUCUCAACAAAAACAUGAAAUCUAAAUCAAAGUUCUUGGACAUGCGGAGAACAAUUGAGACUAAAAACAAGCAUAUAUUUUUUACUGAUGAACCUGAAGUAGUGGUGGUAAAGAAGAGCAAGACUUUGAAAAAGGUAGAAAAGUUCUUGGAAGAAGUAAAUAAACUCACGGAAGAGAGUUCUCAAGUCAGUGUUCAUCACACAAGUAGUGAUUUGGAGGAAGAGGAAGAUCAUGCUGACUCACAAAAUAAUUUGAAUCUCCAGAACAAUGACUGUUUGUCCCCUGAGUCAGAUUCUGGCAAGCUUGAAAGAAAGAGCAUUAAGAAAAGUGGCAAGGAAAAAGUGGUAAUAACAGCAAGUGACUAUAACACUCAGGACCCUAGUGAAGAGGCAGGAAGACAAGAAGAAUGUCCUUUAGGAAGAGAGCUAGUUGCCCUGGAUAUUCCAGACUACCUGCAGAUGGAAACAGAAGGUGAAGUAAAUGCUACAGGAAAGAAGAAAAAGAAAAGGUUGCAGAAGAAGAAAAAUAGAAGUGUGCGAUCCCUACCCCCUGAAAUAGCCAGUGAUCCUGAACUGGCCAAAUAUUGGGCACAGCGGUAUAGAUUGUUCUCUCGAUUCGAUGAGGGGAUUCAGUUAGACAGAGAGGGGUGGUUUUCUGUUACUCCUGAGAAGAUUGCAGAACACAUUGCAGAGCGUGUAAAGCAGUCCUUCAAAUAUGACAUAAUAGUAGAUGCAUUCUGUGGAGUGGGGGGCAAUGCUAUUCAGUUUGCUUUGGCAUCAAAAAGAGUAAUUGCAAUUGAUAUUGACCCUGUGAAGAUCAGUCUUGCUCACAACAAUGCAAAAGUGUAUGGCGUGGCAGACCAAAUAGAAUUCCUGUGUGGAGACUUCAUGAAGCUAGCAUCCACUUUAAAAGCAGAUGUUGUGUUUCUGAGUCCUCCAUGGGGUGGGCCUGAAUACACUGCUGCGGAAACCUUCGAUAUUCAAACUAUGAUUUCUCCUGAUGGAUUUGAAAUUUUCAGGCUGUCACAAAAGAUUACCAACAAUAUUGUGUACUUUCUUCCUCGUAAUGCUGACAUAGAUCAGCUCAGGGCCGCAAAAGCAUGGCUUCAACCAAGGCAGGAUGUUGAACUCACUGAGUUACAUGGGCUUUGGAGGAAGAAAUGGGAGGGAAGGUGCAAAGUGCAAACAAUGAACCCAAUCCAUCAUCUGUCAGGCACAUAAUGGGUGUGCUGAAAAAUUACUAAUCCGGCAUGGUUUAUUGCCUGACUGGCUUGUUAUGUUGCAUGAAUUCAGCCUUGUGCAUGCCUCCACAACCACCUGUGGACUAUAUGAGAACGUAUCUUAACAAACCACAUACGUGCAGAAUUCAUGAAUUAACUAAAUGCACUGUUUGUUGUUAGUUGUGUAAUCCAGUGUUUCCCCAUGUUAAAUGUCAAAGUUCAGUGAACUUUGGAGAAGUUCGGUUGCAGGAAUAUGGCCAAUCUAGAAUUAGAUCACAACCCUUGGUCACUUACAUAUAGGUAAGAAUGGAAACUGCUGAGGAACUCUUUUGGAGAGUGGAGAUAUGAUACUAAUUACGACAUGAAUUGGCUCUCCAAGUCCCAUUGAAGUUGCCCCCUACCUAGUGCUAAUCUUAUUACUGGCACUGUAGGAAAUGACAAUUUUAUAUACUAAGGCUAAUCUUGUCUCUUCAGAAGGAUGCCUGCCCUUAUAACCUUAGUAACCCUUAUAGCCCUUAUAAAUCUUUAAAGACUCAUGCAACUUAUUCCGAGAAAGUAGUAGGCACCUUGUAAACCUCCAAGUGAUGUUGAACUGCAGCUCCUGACAUGCCACACAAUUGUCUGUGCUGCCUGGGGCUGAUGGGGGUUGCAGGCUAGCAACCUGUGGAGGGUCACAGGUUGCUCACCCUGAAGGAAUGCUUCUUAAAAAGUUGCUGCCUUUGCCACAUAGCAAACCAUACUUUAAAAAAUGUGUAGAAUUUUCAGUGCAAAGAGUGUGGUGGGUAUCUGGUCUAAGGAAAAAAAUACAUUAGCAGCAGCCAGACUAAUAUAACCCUAAUAUAAAACAGCUUCUGUCUGAUUUACUAUCUCAUCACCAUCACAAAAUGUUUGAAUUAAAUUGGUUUGAAUCUCUUCAAAGCCUGUAAUUCUCAAAGCAAGAGUAGGAAAUUGUGUUUCUGUUGAGGGCUGUACUCCUUUGCACUCACCAAGGACUGCAAUUUUGACUGGUGUUGGAACCAAAAGUGGCAAGGGGGAUGGUCCCCUUCCCUUUGUCCACCCUACAGAGCGGGUGACUGGGGAAAAGGCAGAUUGCUCUUGCUGGAGAGCUAUCCAGAUUCCUUGCAGAGGUGUUUUCAAAAGAGGCUGAGGGUCAGAGAUUGCCAAUCCCUGCCCUAAAUAAAUCUAGUCACUAGCUGGGGGAAAGGCAGAUAACAGAUUGCCUCUUUAGUCUGAAGAUCUGAUUCAGACUUUGAUUGUGAGAGCUUUGAUUGUGUUUCAGACUUCAAUAGAAGUAAACAAAAAAUCAUUUCUGAAGAAGCCUUUAGAGUCCUCUGUUGAGUUAUGGGCUAUUGAGCAGUAGAUUUUGAGAAAUGACCUAAGUGGGUUUUCUGGGUUUUUUAUCUGCAAAGUUCUACCCUAAGAAGCAGCUUUGGAAAGAAGGCUCACCAAAGAAGGGCAGAACUGUAUGAUAAAUCCAAGACAGGUUUAUUUGUGAGAAGAGUGAACACAAUGUGAUUGGUUGUUCUUACAAUGUGGUAACCUGCUCUUUGUCCAAUUGAACUUAGCAGUUUACAAUUGCUUCCCAGGAGGUCUAUAAUUCUGGCUGCUUUAUGUGUCAAAUUACCUUGCUGCUUCAUCGUGGCCUCUGUGCAUCACACAUACGGGUGCUGUGCCUGCACA